GUAGAAAUCAGGGAGACUCGCCUCCUCUCUAUCGUCUUCCCCUUUUCUCCUCUCUCAAAAUCCCCUCUUCUCAAAAUUCUCAACCUAUAUAUAAACAAAUCAAAUCCCUACCUCUCUCUCUCUCUACAAUUUCUGGAUCCAUUCUCAAAUUCUCUCGCUCCCCAAAAGCCUAACCCAAAACCCUAACUCAUGGAGGGCGAAACCCUGAAGAUCCAGCAGAUAUGAAGAUGGAAAGUCGGGAUUCGACGGCGGAGGAUGGUCGGAGUUCGCCGGUGACGAGUGGGCUGGCGAAGGAGGCGGGGGCGUUGUUCUCUUCUGGGAGGUUCUCGGAGUGUGUGGAUGUUUUGAAUCAGUUGCUGUUGAAGAAGGAGGGGGAUCCAAAAGUUCUUCAUAACAUUGCUGUGGCUGAAUAUUUUCGUGAUGGUUGUUCUGAUCCGAGGAAGCUUCUUCAUGUUCUUAAUAAGGUCAAGAAGAGAAGCGAAGAACUUGCUCAUUCGUUGGGUAAGCAGGUGGACAGUAUUGGCAAUCUUAAUAACGUCUCUGUAUCCAAAGGGAAUGGUAACAACCUAUAUCAGUUGUCUGCUGCAGAUACCAGCAGUGUUGCACGUGCAGAUGAGUUUGACACCUCUAUCAUUACAUUGAACACUGCAAUCAUACUUUAUCAUCUACAUGAGUAUGCACGUGCAUUCUCGAUUUUGGAACCUUUGUAUCAAAAUAUAGAUCCCAUAGAUGAGACAAUAGCACUUCAUGUCUGCCUUCUCUUACUGGAUAUUGCAUUAGCUUCCCAUGAUGCACCCAGAGCUGCAGAUGUCAUUCAGUACCUGGAAAAAUGUUUUGGUGUUGGUUGCAUGGCAAACCAUUGUGAUAACGGAAAUACAACUCAACAGCAAUCUCCGAAUCCGGGAGGUACAACAUCAACAAUGAGCAAUUCCUCCUUGCCAGAUGCCUCAAGUUCUGACUCAAGUUCCAAUGUCAAUGAGAACUCUUUGUCAGGAGCACUAUCAGAUGAUGCCCUAGAGUUUGAGAGUUUGUAUUCGACAUUAGAUGGUAGUAGUCAGAACUUGGGCAGGCCGUCAAAGGCAUCAGCCGAUCGAGCUGCUCCUGCUAUAGAACUGAAACUCAAAAUGCAUCUUUACAAGGUCCGGCUGUUUCUUCUCAGUAGGAACUUAAAGGCUGCAAAGCGAGAAGUUAAGCUUGCUAUGAACAUGGCAAGAGGUAGAGAUUCAUCGACAGAGUUGCUUUUGAAGUCUCAGCUAGAAUAUGCCCAUGGCAAUCAUCGGAAGGCUGUUAAACUUCUGAUGACAUCCAGUAAUGGGACAGAACCAGGAGUCCUCAUUGUCUUCAAUAACAACCUUGGCUGCAUUCACUAUCAGCUAAGGAGCCACCAUACUUCAGGCCUUUUCUUUUCGAAGGCAUUGAAAGCCAGCUUGUCACUUAGUUCAGAGAAGCCUCUAAAGCUCUCUACAUUUUCGCAGGGUAGAUCGCUUCACAUCAUAUACAACUGUGGCAUCCAGAACUUGGCUUGUGGAAAACCCUUGGUUGCAGCUCGAUGUUUCGGUAAAGCCAGUCUGGUUUUCUCAGACACACCACUCCAACAGCCCACCUUUUUGUGGCUCCGUCUUGCGGAAUGUUGCCUUUUGGCUUUUGAAAAGGGGCUUUUGAGACCAAGCAGGGAAGAUAUAAUAAGAGUUCAUGUUGCUGGUUCAGGCAGAUGGAGACAAUUAGUUGUUGAUGACUUGAACUCAAGAAAUGGGUAUUAUAAAACAGAGAAGGGUGAUGUCUGCAAGCUCUCGCUUCCAUUCGCACGUUAUUGUCUUCAAAAUGCGCUGCUAUUGUUGAAUAAGAACGAGGAGAAAAUAAUCAAAUAUGGUGCUUCAGUAACUCCCUUGAACGAGGAGCCUGACCAGGUGAAAUCAGGCAAGAAUUCCAAUCACAAGACCACAACUGAAGAGUCAAAAGCACAUUUGAAUAGAGAUUCUAAAGGAAACAAUGGAACUUUGGACUCAAACUCCACCUUGCAAAGUUCUACCGCAACAUAUGAAGACAUGCAGAGAGAAGAGAAGUAUGUGAUUAAGCAAGCAGUUCUUGGAGCCUUAGCAUAUGUUGAACUAUGCUUAGAAAACCCUUUGAAAGCUCUUUCUUAUUCAAAAUCGCUCCUAGAGCUCCCACAUUGUUCCGAAACUUAUUUCUUUCUUAGUCACAUAUAUGCCGCAGAAGCACUCUGUUGGCUGAACCGAUCUAAAGAAGCAGCAGAACAUUUAUCAGUCUCCCUCAAAGGCAGUGGUAAUGUUGAAUUGCCUUACAAGAAAGAGGAUAGAGAGAAGUGGAGCAAAAAGAGAGUGGCUGGUGAUUUUGAAGAUUCGAAGAAUUAUUUGCCUCCCAAAACUAUGAGAGAUGAGUCUCAGGACUCAUUCUUGAAGCCUGAAGAGGCUCGUGGAGUUACUUUCAUUAAUUUCUCAGCAAUGUUCGCAGUGCAAGGGGAUACUGAAAGGGCUAGCACUUUUGCUUCUGAAGCUCUGUCUUUGCUUCCUAAGCACCCGAAAGCAUUGCUUAUGGCAGUAUAUAUUGAUCUUUUACGAGAGAAAACACAAGAAGCUCUUUCCAAGUUGAAGCAAUUUAACCACGUGAGAUAUCUUUCAAGUGAUAUAAGAGCGAGCAGCUGAUAUCAACUCUGUAUUUGGUCUGUGAUUCUUGCCCCUAGUGAGUUUGUAGCUUUAUCCACGAUGAUUCUAGAUUUAUCUGUACGAUAUAACAAAGAACGGUCGUAGAUUAAGUUCAAUUUUAGUUAUUUCUUCGUAAUUAGGAAUCCGUGGCUUGGCAUGGUGUUUGAUCUGCAACAAGCCCACAAUUUUUAUUGAAGAUGUAGUUCAGAACCAAGAAGAGCAAAAUGAUCAUAGUUUAGAAAGGCUCUAUAAUUGCAUUCCUUUGGUAAGGCUGAUGCGAAGCCUUCCCUUCAAAGCAUCCUUUAGCUUGUUUGUUGAAUACAGAGACGCUAUCAGGUUGAUGAUGCAAAUCUCUUUUCCUAUUAGCAGUCGUUCAUGGCCGUCGAUUUGUGAAGUUUAAUGUUGAAGUGAAGUUUUUGUAUGUAAUCUUCUGAGGAAUAUGACUAUCUGCCUCUUUUAUCUGAGCACAGAGCAUAUUCUCAAAACCAUUGAUGAGUAUGUACUCCGUAUCAAAUACUUUAGUAUGGUAUAUAAUAUUAGUACCUCUUUAUGAUGAACAAUA